AUGUUCGAGGUGCGCAUCCACUGCAUCGACUACUGUCUGGCGGCCCCAACAGAGGUGGAUACGGCCGCUUCGCGCGCACCGCUGCACCGCGCCUUUCGGAACAAGAACAAGGGAAAUGGACGGGACCAGGAGAGGGAGUCGGACAGGGAAACAAACGCGGACAGCACCCGCAAUUAUGGCCCCAGGGUGCCGAUCAUCCGGGUGUUUGGAGCGACGCCGGCGGGCAAGACGGCCUGCGCCCACAUCCACGGCGCAUUUCCCUACCUGUUUGUGCCUUUUGACGGAUAUUUCCAGCCGGCCGACGCCGACAAGGUGAUGGAUCAGCUGCGACGCGGCCUCGACCAGGCGCUGGGCCGCAUCACCGUGCUGGCCGUGACGCUGGCCCGUGGCGUGCCCUUUUACGGCUUCCACGUCGGCCUGCGGCUAUUCUGCAAGAUCUAUCUGCUGGACCCGGCCGCAAUGUCGCGCGCGGCCGAGAUGUUGCGUCUGGGCCGCAUUGGCGGACUGCCCGCGCUACAGCCCCAUGAGGCCCACGUACCCUUUGUGCUGCAGUUUAUGACUGACUACAACCUCUACGGCUGCGACGUGCUGCGGGCGUCGACGGCGACGGCCAGGCGGCCACGCACAGGAACAGACGCCGUCGGCGGCGACCUGCUUCAGAUCGACAUUGCCGCCCACCACAUCCGCAACCGCGACGCCGCGCCCGAGCGCCGGAUCCACGAAAACAUGCCCGAGCCGCCGACCAAUCCUGACGAGCGACUGGUCUAUAGCAUGGCGUCACUGUGGCGCGAGAUGGCCGGGCGGUAUGGCCGGGCCGACCGCAAGACCAGCGCAGAGAUGCGGCAGUCGUUCGAGGCCAACACACAACAGGCGUUUGCUCAGCUGGCCGCAUCAGCAUCGGACCCGCGACGCACACCGUCCGCCUGGCCCCAGGAGGCGGCGUACCGGCGACAGCUGGAUGAUAUCAUCGCGGCGGAGAGGCGCAGAAGCAAGGCAGCCGCAUCUGAUACGAUACUAGAGCAUCCACUUGGAGACUGGGUGCCGACAACGCGGCAGUCCGUUGAGGAUUUCUACCCGACACCAGACCGGACGGAGAACAAGAAGCGGAAACGCAGGCCGAGUGAGGAACUGCUAUGUGGGAAGACAGACACGAAGACCGGAGGAGUUGGCUUCUCACCGUCACCAGACUUUGAGAUGAAGCUGAGGGCACUGCUGCACGAGCAAGAAUCGGGCGGGAGUGGUAGAGUGGCGGUCGUGGAUAGGAGCAGCGGUGCUCCAAAGAGAUCAGUUCUGCCAAUCCGCAAAAAAAGCGAAAACAAACCUGCUGCAGAGCAGACGCAGCGCCCUCUGACACAGAUGUUUACGGUUACCAAAUCGUCCUUUCCACGAGACCACAGCAAGACGACGCCAGUAGUUCCAUCGACAGACGAGAAGGUUAAUGAUGUUGUAAUUCCGUCAACACCCGACUACGAUUUGCCUCGACUGUCAACACCUUCCCGACGCGAGCCCACAUGGUCUCCAGAAGCCACACACAAUCCCAAUCAACCAUUUUACAGCGUGGGUGACGGUGUGCUGGCUUUUGCUAGACGGCCCCCGUCCGCCGACGAUGUGACGGCUACACUACAUCGACACGGCUCCGAAGAGCUGCACCAGGACGCCUUCUUCAGUGACGAGAAAGACAUUGUACAGAACAAGUACGACAAUACGGGUGCGGGCAGACGUUUGCCGGUGCGACUGCCUGCGUUUGCGCCGUCACCAGGCUCCAAGGACACGAGCGCCUCGUUGCUGUCCGCCUGCAACGCCCGUUGCUGGGAGCUGGCUGCCCUGCCGCCUUCGGUCGGCGCGGUGGAGACAUGGCUGGCGGACGAGGAUGCGCAGGUUGCCAAGAGAGAGAGGACAGCUGCGGAAGAGACUGCAGCCGCUCGACAGCGCAUGACUACGGCACAGCUGCCACGAUCCGAGCGGAAGACGUUGAGGCCGUUGCCCAAAGCAAGGUCACGAGGGGGCGGUAUGCGUGUGUUGGUGCUGGAGCUACACGCCAACUCGAGAGGGACGUUUUUGCCGAAUCCAGAGCGCGAUCCGGUGCAGUGCGUGUUCUGGCGAGUGUCAGAGACAGACAGGGCUACCGACAGAGACGCAGAGAGCGGCGUGAUUACGGUACAGCGGCUGCUGCGUUACGAGAAGCGCGUGGAGGUGGCGACAGACGAGCGUGACCUUCUGAAGCGCGUGGUCGAGCUGGCGCGACGGCUGGACCCAGACAUCCUGGCGGGGUACGAAACAACAGCGUCGUCGUGGGGAUACCUGGCAGAGCGGGCAGCACUGUACACAGAGACGGAAGACGGCCUCUGGCAGGCACUCGGCCGGAUACAGCAGCCGCGAGAGUCGGCCAUGUUUGAACGUGGAGACCAGUCCCACAUGGUGACAGGACGUCACGUGCUGGGAAUCGCAACAGCUGUGCGAACAGACGCAGACCUGCGACAGUACACCAUAGCCAGCGCGGCCUGGAAGCUGCUGCGACUGCGGGUGCCAACAUAUGGACCGCGGGUGCUGACGGGCUGGGCUACCAGCGGACGGGCACGCGAUCUCACGAGACUGGUGCGCUUUGGCUGUCACCGGGCGGCCGUGGGAGCGGCAUUGCUGCAAGUAACGGAGUUUGUGGCACGCACCAGCGAGCAAGCUCGCGUACUGGGCGUCGACUUCGCAUCCGUCCUCGGCCGCGGGUCGCAGUACAAGGUCGAGUCGGUCAUGUUGCGGGUGGCCAAGCCCGAGUGUUUUGUGCUGCCGUCGCCCAGCCGCGAGCAAGUCGGCCAUCAGAAGGCGGCUGAGGUGGCGCCGCUGGUGCUGGAACCGCGAAGUGGCUUCUACAGCAGUCCAGUCAUCGUCCUCGACUUUGCCAGCCUGUAUCCGAGCUUGAUGAUUGCGUACAACCUCUGCUACUCGACCUUUCUCGGCAGUUUGGACCCGCUGUAUGACGAGAGACCGAGACAGAAGAGGGACGUGAAGCCGCACGAGACCGAUCUGAACAGCAGUGGAAGCGCGGAGAAUGAGCCGGCAGAGGGCGCUGUCACCACUACCGUGGCUGACACCGACAACAUCAAAGCCUCAACGUCCAUAAAAAUGGGCUUCACCACGUACGAGCGACCAGACGGCCUGCUCGAGAGUGCCAACCGGCUCGGCGUGGUCGUGGCACCCACGGGAAUGCUGUAUGCAGGUGCUUCGACCAGGCAGUCGCUGCUGGCCAGGAUGCUGGCGGAGCUGUUGCGCACGCGAGUGAUGGUCAGAGCAGCCAUGGGCGAAAACGGGGACGGUGCUGAUGCAUCCGAGAAGCAGCGGCUGCACCAUCGCCAGCUGGCGCUCAAGCUGCUGGCCAACGUGACAUAUGGCUACACGUCGGCGUCGUUCUCGGGCCGCAUGCCCUGUGUCGAGGUGGCCGACAGCAUCGUGCAGGCCGGCCGCCAGACACUGGACCGUGCAAUGGCCCUGAUCCACGCCGACGCCCGCUGGCAGCCAGCCGAGGUGGUGUAUGGCGACACCGACAGUCUCUUUGUGCACCUGCCGGGCCGAACACGCGCCCAGGCGUUUUCGAUCGGUGCCGCCAUGGCUGCCGCUGUCACGGCUGUCAAUCCAGCGCCUGUGCGGCUCAAGUUCGAAAAGGUCUACCACCCCUGUGUGCUGCUGGCCAAGAAGCGCUAUGUCGGCUACCGCUUUGACUCGCCUCGUCAGUUGGCGCCCAUCUGGGACGCCAAAGGCAUCGAGACCGUCCGUCGAGACGGCACACCGGCCGCUUCUGCUCUGAUGGAGGCCAGCCUGCGCCUCCUGUUCGACACGGCCGACCUGAGCCUGGUCCGUCGUCUGGUCCAACAGCGCUGUGCCGACGUCUUGGGUGGCCGUGUUUCCCCUGCUGAUCUCUGUUUCGCUCGCCAGGUUCGCUCGCCAGCCUCCUAUCGGGCACCGCCGCCCGGUGCCGUCGUUGUUGCCCGCCACACUGCGCGCGACCCGCGUGCUGCUUUGCUGCCCGACGGUGACCGCGUGCCCUUUGUCAUUGUGGCCGGCCCACCAGGCACGCCGCUGCAGGACCGCUGUGUCGCGCCCGCCGAGCUUGUUCGCAGCCGCCAUCUGCGGCUCGACGCUGACUACUAUGUCCGCCACAGCCUGCUGCCCCCGCUGGACCGUGUGCUGCGUCUGGUCGGCGUCGACGUGGCCCAAUGGUAUGCAGACAUGGCCCGACCGCCAAGAACGACGACUUCAUGGUGGGUGGGGGACGACGAUGAGGACGGCGGGGUGGGAUCAGAUGGCGGUCCCGACGGCCAGCAGACACUCGACAUUUGGCUGCGGCAAUGGCGAUGCGAGCUCGAGAUACCGAGGCCGAAUAUCGCUCCGUCCUCGACGGGUGUCGUGGUUGUGCCGGUCUGGGCCCCCAGGAUCCUGUGCGUUGCCCAGAGCCCAGAGCCCAAAGCCCGCUUGCAGCACGACCACGUCGUCGUGCCGUCCGGCGCUCUGGCCAUCCUGCGACGGCAUGUCGGAGAUACGUCGGUCGCUGCAGCGAGCACAGGCCUAUCGGACGUGUUCCCUCUGCAGGAGUUGCCACAGAUGCCCAAUGAUCUGUCCUUGGGCGACGUGUCUAAAGAUGAAACCAGCAUCGUUGUGGACACCGAACCGAUAGAAACGGACGAUGAAGAGCCUGUCGGGGAGGGGCCCUUCAGCGUGCAGUUUGAGGCUGCAUGCGAAGAGGCCCGCCGCAGUGCAGUCGGAGACUUCACCGACUCAGACUCCGAUGGCUUCUUCAUAGUCGCAGAAGAGCGUGGUCACGUUUUGGGCCAGGGGCCCUUUUCGGGCGAGGGGCUGAGUGAGGGGCCCUCUACAAGCCAGGGAUCCUCUCCAGACCAAAGGCCUUUCGCAGAUGAAGAACCAUCUCCGCCUGGAACUCCCAGGAGCAGCGAAGACAUCGGGGCCAGCGGAAACUUGUUUGGUGAACAGUACGGAGGUCCGAUGGGUGUCGAAACGGAUGAGUCCAGCAACAUGCCGAUGCCCAUGGCCAUGGCCAUGCCCACGUCCAUGCCCACAUCCAUGCCCACGGCCGCAGAGAAUUACGAAGAAGACAAGGAAAGUGAAAACGGCGAAAACGAUGCAGUAGCAGUCUCGAAUAUGGAAGAGGACGAGGAUGAGGACGAUGGCAGCGAAGAAUAUUUCAGCCAAUUUAAGCCCCGCCCGGAUGAAGAUGACGGCGCGUACAUUGACAGUACCAGCACAGGCCGCUAUGAUCUUGGACGCACUGACGCAGACGAAGGGUCCCUAUUUUGCGCGCUCACGCCGCCUUCGACGCCUAUCGACAUGAUCAGCCUGCUGAGUGCCGUCAACGUGCUGCCGCUGCAGACGUCGCCACUGUUAGCCCUGCAAGAGAAGGUGGCCGCCUUCUUUCGCCAGGGCCCUGACUUUGCCAGCUUUGCCUUUAUCAAGCUACAAGAAAGUCUGGCCGAGCACCGCUACGUUUUGCAGGGCCCGUUUAUCAAGGUGGAGCUGGCGCGCCACAGCAGCGAGCUCUUCAGCACCUUGCACAACCUCGGUGGGCUGGACGCCGGCGUGCUGAGCGGCUAUGACCAUAGUGGCAAUGGCACUUUUGGCGGCGCCGGAACAUUUGGCGGCUAUGACGGCUACGGUGCGUAUGACGGACUGAGCGCUCUGGCUAGUCUCAACACCCCUAGGCACAGGCACAGCAGUUUGAUCCGUCGCUUUGGUCCUCUGGGACGCCCCGACCUCCACAAAGCAAAGCCGGUCCACAGCAGCAGCAAUGCCAGUCUGCAGGGUGACCUGUGGCGUUCAGACCGUAUGGCGUCGUCCCUAGUGAUGCUAUCAGCAGCCUCACACUCCGACACCUGCGUGCACGGCACCUUGGGCAAGCACUCGCGCCUGCUGGGCAGCGCACCGCCGUUCCGCGUCACACAGAACACGAGGUCGGCCUCACUGCGAACUGCCAUGUUCCGCGCCAAGCUUCUGGCCCAGCGUGCCAAUCGUACAACCGUCAUGGCUGUCUCGCUCGUUGACGUGCGUUAUGUUGAGAUGGCCUGCUUCUUUGGCGACGCGUCCUGGGAGGACGAUCGGUACCUGAGCUUCGGCCACAUCGUCACCAUUGGCGUCGGUCCCGAGGGCGUGAUUAUCUGGCAGGCUUGGGGCCCUCGGGGCUACCGGCUUGACGACUAUAUACGCGCUGGCCAUGCGCGCCUGCGCAGCUGGGAAGAGGCCGAGACGUUCGCCAAGGACUUUGAUGAACUAGCUAGCUCUUCGGGCAUUUGGAAUGCCCGCCGCAACCACCUCUACCAGCAGCUGUUCUACAUUGACAUCAACCAGAUGUGCAAGCCGUCCUGCCUGAACCGGCUGAUCACGCCGCACUAUGAGCCAUGGGUGCGGAUCCACACGUUGCAUAAUGUCCUGUAUGAGAACAUGAACAAGUUUAGGUUUGUGUAA